AUGAUUAAACAAAUUUUUAAAAGUAAAUUAAAUUAUAAUAAUAUUAUUUUUAAUAAUUCUCAAUUAUUAAAAUCAAAAAAUAUUAGAUUUUUUACUACAGAAACAAAAACAACAACUACUGUAGGUCAAGAAUGUAUACUCGAAAAAUUAACAGGUGAAAACGAAGGUAUUAGUGUAAUUUCAUUCAAUAGAGGACAUGUUAAAAAUGCAUUGGGUAAAAAUUUAAUGCAAGAAUUUAGACAGCAUUUACACGAACUUAGAUUUUGUACUUCAACAAGAGUUGUUAUUCUUCGUAGUUUAGUUGAUGGUGUAUUCUGUUCAGGUGCAGAUUUAAAAGAAAGAGCACAAAUGUCACAAGUUGAAGCAUCACAAUUUGUACAUUCAUUAAGAUCAUCUUUUACCGAGUUGGAAACAUUACAAAUGCCAACUAUUGCCGCUAUUGAAGGUGCUGCUAUGGGAGGUGGUACAGAAAUGGUUUUAGCAUGUGAUUUUAGAGUUGCAAGUGCUUCAUCAAAAAUGGGUUUACCAGAAACAGGUUUAGCAAUUAUCCCAGGUGCUGGUGGUACACAACGUUUACCAAGAUUAAUUGGUAUUCCAAGAGCUAAAGAAUUAAUCUUUACCGGUGCAAUUCUCGAUAGUAAACGUGCUUUAGAAAUUGGUCUUGUUCAAUAUGCCACUGAAAAAGGUGAAGCAUUUAAUAAAGCUAUAGAAAUCGCAAAACAAAUUUUACCAAAAGGUCCAGUAGCUAUUAGAAUGGCCAAACAAGCAAUUGAUAAAGGUAUGAACGUUGAUAUUUCAACUGGUAUGGUCAUUGAACAAGCCUCAUAUGCUCAAGUUAUCCCAACCAAAGAUAGAAUAGAAGGUCUUACUGCUUUUAGAGAAAAGAGAAAACCAAUUUACAAAGGCGAAUAA